CCUCAUCUCGACUCUGGAGAGGUAGCCAUUUCUCUACUCGCUUCCCUCGCCAUCCGUCCAAGAUUUAUCGAUCUACAUCUAUGUCCAAGAUUUCCUACCCACCGAUCAGAGUGUUGCGGAGAUGGAUAACCAGUGAUUGAGACGUGAUAUGAGUAGCUCGGUUGCUUUAUCCGGUUGUUUCGAGAAUUGUAUGUGGGCGUCGUCGGCUGUAUUCAGGAGGCAGCUCUUCUUGAUAAGGUCUUUGGGUGGACAUUGUUGCCGAGUCCAUAUGGAGAGAAUGCAGGGAGCAGAAGGCGCCAGAGCUGCCACUUUGGAGGCUGAUGCUGAGGGGGUAAUACGAAAGAUUACGCCUGUGAUGGACCCUAGACUGUAUAAAGGGCAAGCAGGGAAGAUAGCAGUUAUUGGUGGUUGCCGGGAGUAUACAGGUGCUCCAUAUUUUGCAGCUAUAUCAGCCCUGAAAAUUGGUGCAGACUUAUCUCAUGUUUUCUGUACAAAAGAUGCUGCAACAGUAAUAAAAAGCUACAGUCCUGAGUUAAUUGUACACCCUGUUUUAGAAGAAUCAUAUGGAGUCAGGGAUGAUGAGAAAGCAUCAGUUUUUGGUAAGGUUGUUGGUGAAGUUAAAAAGUGGAUGGAAAGGUUUGACUGCCUUGUUGUUGGUCCAGGUCUUGGAAGAGACACUUUUCUUCUGGAUUGUGUGAGCGGUAUCAUUAGACAUGCACGAGAAGCAAAUAUCCCAAUUGUGAUUGAUGGGGAUGGUUUGUUUCUUGUCAUGAACAACCUUGAUCUAGUUAAAGGAUACCACUUAGCUGUCCUAACACCUAAUAUUAAUGAGUAUAAGCGUCUUGUUGAUAAGGUUCUAGAUUGUGAAGUAAAUGACCAAGAGGCUUCCGAGCAGUUAAAACUACUUGCUAGAUGGAUCGGUGAUGUAACCAUCUUUCGUAAAGGAAAAUUGGACCUUAUCAGUGAUGGUGAAACAGUCAGUAAGGUGAGCAUUUCUGGAUCACCUCGGCGUUGUGGGGGUCAAGGUGAUAUCCUAUCUGGCAGUGUUGCAGUAUUUUCAUCUUGGGCACGCCAGCAUCUGUCAUCUACCAAAGAAACCACUGAAAAGAGUUUGUCAAAUCCAAUGGUGCUUGGAUCCAUAGCUGCUUCUGCACUACUAAGGAAAUCUGCAGCACUUGCUUUCGCAUCCAAGAAACGAGCAACCCUCACCACAGAUAUUAUUGAGUGCUUGGGUGGAAGCCUGGAGGUCAUAAGCCCCGCUGGAUGAUGCCGCAUCUCAUGGAUCUCGGUUAAUUGGAAAAGUGAACCCUUUCUGCUUUUAGUUACAUGCAAACAAUGUAAGAUAUGCAACAUCUAUAAUUUUGUUGUUAUGGAUGCCUGUUGAGUUGGAAGUUCUCAAGGUCUUGGUCUUGAUUCCAGCAGCUGGAUUUGUUAUGCAAAUAAGUUGAUAUGGCAUUGCUGUAUGAGAGUGGUGGUUGCGUGAAAGUACUAUUAUGCAGAAAUAUGAGGAUACUGUUCUUUAAGUUUUGCCUUU